GUUCUGGUAGCCUUUUCAGUUUGGAGUCUGGAAAGCAAGAGUCACGUUAAGCUGUCACUUAGAAAUAGGAAUCAUUUUUGAAUAAUUUUUUAAUGAAUAAUUCCAAAUUAACACAUUUGACCACAAUUCGCGUUUUUCACCGGAUGCUCGCCCUCUGGUGUUUAAAAACAGAACUACUCUAUCUGGGUCGUUCGAAUGUUCUUCGUAUAUUGUCAGCAGUAAAGAUGAAUAGUAAAAGUAAAGCUUUCUGUUGUGUUCCAAAUUGUAAUUCCAAAGCCAUACGCGAUCCCGAUAUAAGUUUUCAUGUAUUCCCACAUGAAAAACAGAUGAUUUUUCGUAAAUCAGAAUUCGGAGAAUCUCAGAAAUGUAACCGACGGAAAGAGUGGAUUCGACUGCUAAGAAUUGGAAAAAAAGUUACGAAGUAUAUGGUAGUAUGUUCGAAACAUUUUACUCCUGAAGAUUAUAUUUUGUCAUCAUAUGCAUGUAAAAGAAGACAUUUAAAGAAAACUGCCGUACCAAGUUUACUUUUACCAGAGAGCAGUAUUUGUACAAAAACAUGUUCUAAAAGAAUUAAAAGAAAUAAGUUUUCAGAAAAAACGUAUCAGACAGAAGAAACUUCCCAUGCAAUUGAGUCAGAAAUCAGUGAUAGAGAACAAAUAGAAGAAACUUCCCAUGCAAUUGAGUCUGAAAUUAAUGAUAGAGAAGCUGCUGAAACACUUUUAAUGUUAUGCAAUUCUAAUUAUGAUAAAAAUUUAAAAUGUCACAGAUCAGUUGGCAUACAAAUAUCCACUGCAGAAUUUUUGGUAAAUAUACGUAAUUUCAUUAAGACAGAAUCCCAACUAAAUUCCAUUACUGGUAUACCAACUUUUGAACUAUUUAAUGCUAUUGUUAAACUUUUUAGUGAUGUAUGUAAAACAAAACAAAUCAGUAAUACUAAUUUUUCUUUUGAAGAUAAACUUUUUAUGGUCCUAAUCAAAAUGAAAUUAAAUAUUUCUUUUUCUGUUAUAUCUAUAUUUUUUCAUUGUUCUGUACCAACUGCAAGUAGAAUAUUUUACCCAAGUGUGAAAAUUCUUGCUUCCGUACUUAAGUGUGCAAUUGUUUGGCCAUCAAAAACAAAUAUUUUAGAAAAUAUGCCUAAAUGUUUCGACAAGUUUCGUAAUGUAAGAGUAAUUUUGGACUGCUCAGAAAUUACAGUGCAGAGACCAAAGUGUUUAAAGUGUCGAAUACGUUGCUACUCACACUAUAAAGGUGACACAACUAUAAAAUUUUUAAUAGGUGUUUCACCAGGUGGAAUUGCAACAUUUUUAAGUAGUGCAUAUGGAGGCAGAACUUCUGAUAAGGCAAUCUUUGAACAGAGUGAUAUCUUAAAUUUAUUAACACCUUAUAGUGACUCAGUGAUGGUUGAUAAAGGCUUUUUAAUUGAUAAACUUUGUUUAGAAAAAGGAAUAGAAGUAAUUCAACCACCAUUUUUGAAAAAAAAUAAACAACUAAAUAAAUGUGAAGCACUGAGAACAAAGGAUAUUGCAUGUGCCAGAGUGCACGUUGAAAGAUUUAUUCAGCGAAUUAAACAGUUUAAGAUAUUUUCAGCAAGACUUCCCUGGAAAAUGACUUCUGUUAUUGAUGAACUUUUAAUUAUUGCAACAGCUGUAGGGAAUCUUUCUUCUCCUAUACUGUCAGAUGACAAAUUUUAAUUCAAAAUUACCAUAUUGUAAAUAAAAAUUAUUUUAAUAAUUGUGUAA